CCACGCGUGGAUCAUCACCCGGGGGCGGCGAGCGAAGGGAAGACGGUAUUAGAACGAAACGCAAACGCUAACCUUCAAAUUAAUGUAUGCGAGAGAGAGAAGUCCGCUGGAAUUCGCGUCGACACGCUUACGCGAGUGUCGCUACGUCGAAGCGCGGCAAGCAAAGCGGGCGUCAAGAUUAAUGUAUGUGUAUUAUAAAUACCUAUUAAAUUAAUCUCCCUUUUUCACUCUCAAAUCUCAUACUCGUGAUGCGCGUCUCGCAACGGGAGCGUCUCUUGCCUUGUCAAGCCGCAAGCGUAGCCACCGACCACGUGGGUGGUUACUACUCGAGCGCGAUGAUUGGUUUAUUUGCGUUACUGGAAAUUCACCAAAGUUUUUGGACCUACCAAUCAGAGAUCCGUUUUCUCCAAAAGUCUAAAUUCAGUUGUUUUCCGAACGCAUCUGAUGUGCGCUGUCUCUUCCGGCUUCCCAUAACCUAUAUUGCACCGCGAACCGCGAGGCACGUGAGAUUGUUACAGCGUGUUGUUUUGAUUGAUUCGAGAAACAUGAAAGUGAAGAGAGAAGAGGCUACGGCCAAGAAGUCGGUCUUGCAAAAAGUUGCCAAGAGCAAGCAGAAGGCGUCGAAGCCAAAAGCAGGGGCCAGCCUCGAGAAAGCUGUGAAAAAUGUCAAGCAAAUUUUCAAGAAAAAGAGAGCAGAGGCUAAAGCAGAGAGAGCCAAGAAAAAUAAUAAGGCAAGUUUAGCGAGACCGAAAUCUAAACAGUUCAAACCGCGGAAAUCAAGAAAUAGGGGAAUAGUCUACGUAGGACACAUACCUCAUGGAUUUUACGAGGAACAAAUGAAGGAGUAUUUCCAACAGUUUGGGAAUAUAACUCGCCUACGAGUGGCAAGAUCCAAAAGGACCGGCAAAAGUCGCGGCUACGGCUACGUUGAAUUCUUUCACAAGGAGGUUGCUAAAAUUGCGGCGGACACCAUGAACAAUUAUCUCAUGUGCGGCCGAUUAUUAAAAGCUACGUACAUUCCACCUGAGAAACAGCACACAGGAUUUUUCUCGGGCGUAAAUUGGUCAGAAGAUAGGUAUCCCAGACUCAAAAACCGAAAACGGGAAUCGCUAAAUAGGAACCGUCUGCAAAGCGAUGAAAAUUACGAGAAAUACGUUCGAAGAUCGCUCGACAAACUGUCCGCGUUGGAAGGUAAACUGCAAGACAAGGGGAUUAGCAUAAAAUUUCAACCAGUCGAUGUGCCGAGUACGUAACGAACAUUUAAAGACGUAACUUAGCUUUACUUUAUUUUUAGUUACUUUGUAAUAGGUUUUUUUUGAUUGCAUUAUUUGCGUUAAAUAAGCAAUAGGGAUUUAUCUGCGCGAUACGAGACUACAGUAUAUCUGUGACACUGUUAAUAAUAAAAUUUCUAAGCUUCUGCGAAUGACUUGCAUCUAAUAUAAAUUAUGUACAAUUAAAUCUAAGUGUACUGGAUUAACGCGCUCGAGAAAAAUAUUCGUCACGAUACGAUCGUCGCUUCCUGUACGUUCGCCGUGCUCCCUUUCGUCCGCUUCCAUUUCAUACGCCUGUUCUGAAACCACACUUUCACCUGUAAAAAAAUGUAGCUUAACGAUGAGAAGAUAUAAAAAUUCUAUAUUUUUUA